GAAGAGAAGAGAAGACAAGACACGACGAUGUGCUCCUACAUGCUCCAGCCUUUCUCCUUCACCCCACUCGUGGACUCGGACUGGCCUGUACGCAGCCUGUGGCCACAGUGCCGACCUCUUCUCUUUCCCCGAGAGAUGCUGCUGAGGAACAUGCGGGAGAUGAGGGGAAGCCUGGACAUCCUGGAGAAACUCCAGCAGCAGAUCCUCGAGGAGUUUGACCACGUCCCGUCCUCGUCUUCGUCCUUGGAGCCUCUCAAGUACCACUUGGAGAAGGAGGGAGAGAGUUUUGCCCUCACCUUGGACACCAAGGACUUCUCCCCAGAGGAGCUGUGUGUGAAGCAGCUGGGCAGGAAGCUGCGGGUGAGCGGGAAGAGCGAGAAGAAGCAGGAGGACGGGAAAGGCUCCUACUGCUACAGAAGGCAGGAGUUCAGACGAGAGUUUGAACUGCCCGAAGACGUGAACCCCGAAGCCGUGAGCUGCUCCUUCGCUGACGGGAGACUCCGCAUCCGGGCACCGAGGGAGGCGCUGCGCGCGGCCGCAGAGAGAGUGCUGCCCAUAGACACGACGAGUCCAGAUGUGUCGAGCGCGCGGAGCCAGAGCUCCCGGGAAAGUGGCAUCAGCACAGAGAACGAGAGCCAACAACAGAACUAGGCUCAGAUCGAACAACUCAACUGAUAUGAAAUGGAUGUUUCCGGAUUGUUUCUUUUUUAAGAUGAUUGUGUCGGGCUUCGAAAUGCCAUUAUUAUCACGCCGCUGAGCACGCUGCAGUCUACCGCAUCUGGCAGGAAUCGGCGGGAUCGAACCUAAAAAGCUACGCCAUCGUUCCCACAGGUGGCGGAAUCUCCCCGAGACAUCACUUCCCUCUGCAGUCGCAACCCGCAGCUCUCGGUCUUCGCCUUGUGUUCCUGCCUCGUUCCCACAGUCCGGUCUCCUGUCCGCAAUUCCUGAGUCCUGCCUUGCCUCGCCUUUCGUAAAGUAAUAAAAUAUCCCGCACUUGGA